CAGCCAGCACAACCUCCGUGGGAUUUGCCUUCUCUCUCCCGCACCUUGUAAUCCAUCUCCAGCAGCGACAUGAGCCGCCAAUACACCACCUGCAAGUCCGGAGCUGCCAGCAGGGGCUUCAGUGGCUGCUCCGCCGUGCUGUCUGGAGGCAGCUCAUCCUCCUACAGGGCAGGGGGCAAAGGGCUCAGUGGGGGCUUUGGCAGUCGGAGCCUCUACAGCCUUGGAGGUGCCAGGAGCAUCACCCUCAACAUGGCCAGUGGCAGCGGGAAGAACGGAGGUUAUGGAUUUGGCCGGAACCGGGCCAGUGGCUUUGCUGGCAGCAUCUUUGGCAGUGUGGCCCUGGGACCUGUGUGCCCGACCGUGUGCCCACCUGGAGGCAUCCACCAGGUCACAGUCAAUGAGAGCCUCCUGGCCCCACUCAAUGUGGAGCUGGACCCGGAGAUCCAGAAGGUGCGGGCCCAGGAGCGGGAGCAGAUCAAGGCGCUGAACAACAAGUUCGCCUCCUUCAUUGACAAGGUGCGCUUCCUGGAGCAACAGAACCAGGUGCUGGAGACCAAGUGGGAGCUGCUGCAGCAGCUGGACCUGAACAACUGCAAGAACAACCUGGAGCCUAUCCUCGAGGGCUACAUCAGCAACAUGCGGAAGCAGCUGGAGACGCUGUCUGGGGACAGAGUGAGGCUGGACUCAGAACUGAGGAACGUGCGUGACGUGGUAGAGGAUUACAAGAAGAGGUACGAGGAGGAGAUCAACCGGCGGACAGCUGCCGAGAAUGAGUUUGUGCUGCUAAAGAAGGAUGUGGAUGCGGCUUAUGCCAAUAAAGUGGAGCUGCAGGCCAAGGUGGACUCCAUGGACCAGGACAUCAAAUUCUUCAAGUGUCUCUAUGAAGCCGAGAUGGCUCAGAUCCAGUCCCACAUCAGCGACAUGUCAGUCAUCCUGUCUAUGGAUAACAACCGGAACCUGGACCUGGACAGCAUCAUCGAUGAGGUCCGCGCUCAGUAUGAGGACAUCGCUCUGAAGAGCAAGGCCGAGGCGGAGGCCCUGUACCAGACCAAGUUCCAGGAGCUGCAGCUGGCAGCUGGUCGCCAUGGGGAUGACCUCAAAAACACCAAGAAUGAAAUCACUGAGCUGAGCCGAUUCAUCCAGAGACUCCGUUCAGAGAUUGAGAAUGCAAAGAAGCAGGCGUCUAAUCUGGAGACAGCCAUUGCUGAUGCUGAGGAGCGAGGGGACAGUGCCCUUAAGGAUGCCCGGGCCAAGCUGGAUGAGCUGGAGAGUGCCCUGCACCAGGCCAAGGAGGAGCUGGCCCGGAUGCUACGAGAGUACCAGGAGCUCAUGAGUCUAAAGCUGGCCCUGGAUAUGGAGAUCGCCACCUACCGCAAGCUGCUGGAGAGCGAGGAGUGCAGGAUGUCAGGAGAAUACCCUUCCCCUGUCAGCAUCUCCAUCAUCAGCAGCACCAGCGGCAGCGGAGGCUAUGGCUUCCGGCCCAGCACUGUCAGCGGUGGCUAUGUAGCCAACAGCACCAGCUGCAUCUCUGGAGUGUGCAGUGUCCGUGGUGGGGAAAGCCGGAGCCGAGGCAGUGCCAGUGACUACAAGGAUACUCUAGCGAAGGGUUCCAGCCUGAGCACCUCCUCCAAGAAAGGUGGUCGGUAGAGGACAGCCUGUGCCCUCCUUCCCUCAGGACCCCCUGUGCCCAAGCUUAGUGUCUCCCCUAUGACCCCUUCCCACUGCUCCUGGAUCCCUGGAUUUGGCCAGCCCCUUUCUCCCUCCAGUGUCUUCUGAGCCGGGACAGCUCUGGAUUACCAGGACAGGUGCACUUUCAGUGCACACUCUGGGGGAGCUCUAGCUUCACCUCAGCUCAGCUCCACUUCAGCCUGUCCUCUCUGUCAGCCUUUGCCUCUGUGCUCAACAUGCUGCCUGCCAGUCUAGGCGUCCUCGCCUACUGGACUUUUGUCCUAGCUCCUGCCUAUGAACAAGCUAGCUCUGUGUCCAAGAAGAGGACUAGCAGACAACCAAGCGAGAGUAGCCAGCCCACCCCACCGGCACAGUUUCACUUUGAGUGGAACCAACCACAACAAAGGGUUUCUGUCUUCGCCCUCUUGUACCCAGAACCAAAGAAGAGGGGACACUGUUACUUCUCCUGUACUCCUUAAAGCAGCCCCAUUUGAUCCUUAAUA